UAAAAAGGCAAUAAAUUGCUUUUAAGGGAAAAAAAAAAAAAAAAGUCAAAAGAACAUGAUGUUUAAUCUCUAUUUGGAAGAUUAUUAACAACUUCAUAACUCUUGCUUUAAUAAAUUUGACAGAUAGAUUGGGCGGUGGGUGAAGGAAGGAAGAGCAUAUUUUAUGGGUGUAAAUUUGCUAGGGGAGGAAUAGGCGGAGGUAGGGUGGCGGUGAGAAUCAAAUGAGCGGGAGCCAUUGCUGCCCAUGGCCAACAAUCCUGGGGACCACAACCACGGGUAACUUGGGUUGCUCCUCACUUUCUAUUGCCAAAAAUAUAAAUAUAUAUAAAUAUACAAACCCCACCCGCAAAACCAUAGCCCCACCUCCCACCGGCACUGCACCCUUUCAUUAUUCAUCUCCAUUCUCUUGCUCUCUCCUCUGCUCUUUUUCCUAAAAAAUAAUAAAUAAUAACAGCGCGACAAUGGGGAAUCCUAAUAUGUGAACAAUUACCUCAGCCUCGUCUCUGAACACAACGUUAACCACACAAAGCACAUCCCUCUGGGCCACAAAAAGGUACGCGUUGACACAGUCAUGGAGAAACUCUCUUCACUCACAAACAGUCUCUCACUUCCCAUCUCCUCCCUUAAACCCAACGCCGCCUCCGCCUCCGCCCCCGUCUCCGCCUCCCCCGCCCCCCGCUGAUGGCUGGUAACUCUAUCUUCACCGCCUCCGCCAUCUUCUUCGUCUUCUUUGCAAAUUUGGCAUUUUCCCAAUCCAAUAAUCUCGACCCAGAAUGCGAUAACCGCCGAAUCUACAUCAGGCGGCUCCCGCCGCGCUUCAAUCUGGAUCUCCUCUCCAACUGCUCCCAAUACCCUAUAUUCGACGACUUCUGCCCGUACUUGGCCAACCAUGGCCUCGGACAGUUCACCCACAACCGCUCCAGCAGCUGGUACCGCACCGAUCCCCUCAUGCUCGAACUCCUUUUCCACCGUCGGAUCCUCGAGUACCCCUGCCUCACCCCAGAUCCCGCCUCCGCCGACGCCGUCUUCCUCCCAUACUACGCCGCCAUCGACGCCCUCCGCUACCUCUACGGCCCCGACGUCAAUUCCAGCGCCGAACACGGCCUCGCCCUGUACCGCUUUCUGCGGCGAGACUCUCCCCGCAUAUGGCGGCGACACCACGGCCACGACCACUUCCUGGUCAUGGCUCGCCCCGCUUGGGACUUUUCUCAGCCGCCGUCGUACGAUCCGCCUGUUUGGGGCACUUCCUUCCUCGAAAUCCCCCAAUUCUACAAUGUCACCGCCCUGACUCUGGAGUCUCGUGCCUGGCCUUGGCAGGAACAAGCAAUCCCCUAUCCGACGUCAUUCCACCCUCCCAACCUUGCGCUCUUCGAGUCGUGGCUACGCCGGGUGCGGCGGUCCCGACGCACCACGCUCGCUCUGUUCUCCGGCGGCGGCGGCGUGUCCGCGUCGCCGAACAUCCGGCGAAGCAUCCGCGACGAGUGCGAGAACAAUACCGCGACGAACGGUACCAGCGCUAAUGGAUUUUCCACACUAUGUGAGAUUGUCGAUUGCUCUAAUGGAGUUUGUGAGCACGACCCAAUUCGGUACAUGAGGCCGAUGCUGGAAUCGAGCUUUUGCUUGCAACCGCCGGGGGACACGCCGACGCGGCGGUCGACGUUCGAUGGGAUCCUGGCCGGGUGCAUACCGGUUUUCUUCGAGGAGCAGUCAGCGAGGGCGCAGUACGGGUGGCAUUUGCCAGAGGAGGAGUACGGGGAGUUCUCCGUUUUCAUUCCCAAGGAAGAUGUGGUGUUCAAAGGGAUGAAGAUUUUGGAUGUGUUAAUGGGAAUACCCAGAGGCGAAGUGAGAAGAAUGAGGGAGAAAGUGUUGGAGUUUCUGCCCAGGAUCAUGUACAGAAAGCAUGGGAGCUCGCUGGGUUUGAGAGCUAAGAAAGAUGCAUUUGAUGUGGCAGUGGAAGGUGCACUACAGAGGAUCAAAUCUAGGAUUAAUGAAGUUUCAGAUCAAUGACGUUGAAACUCUUGUUCCUUUGGUUCUUCUUGUAAUUAUUUGUACUCUUAUUUCUGUUUUUUUCUUUUUCCUUCAUAAUUAUUCACUGAAAGAUGCAGAGUGAGAGAUGUUUGUAUUUUGUUUUGUAAUACUUCAUUCAAUUCUGCUGUGUUAUAGCACUGCAUUCUCGGUUCCUACUUUCCCAUUUGAGGACUCUGUUUGUUCAGGUUAUGGCAUUAUUUGCCAGUGACAGAAAUACUGAUAUAUAAUGAUGCAAUGUGAAAUGGCCUGCCUUCUUUGCCCAA